CCGGAAGAUGCCCUUUAAAAACAUGGCGGCAUUCUAGCUUCACGCCGGCUGCCUCAGUGUCUCAAGAAAUCUAGUCUACCACUUUAGCCGACGCCGAGGCCUCGAAAAGUCACGCUACUCCAAUCCUCUGCGGUUCACCGAGGACUAAGAUAUCUGCUUCUAACUACAAUGACGGCGCUGCCAGACUUGGUUUCUCGCUUCUAGGGAGGAUGGCCGCUGGGCGGCUUCACUCAGUUUCUCACCACCCCGGAAGACGCCGACCGGCGAUUGGGAGGUGCCCGGCGACCCUGAGAAGAAGGCGCUCGGCGGUUGGGCAGUGUCGGGUCAGGCUGGUUUUAAAGGAGCCGGAGGUGGGAGCUGUGGAAGACCGGGGAUCCGCGGGAGGCGGCGGCUGCAGCCUGGGAUCCCCCUGGGGACCCCGCGGAGCCGCCGCUUCCCCCAUGGACUUGACCCGGGACUUCAGCUGCCCUGACCGGCCGAGUCUGUGCCGUCAGCCCUUGGCUCGAGCGUUAUGGGGAGACCAAAGCCCGAAGCGGCCGAGGCUGCAGUCCCCGGGAGCCCCUUCGCCCCUGGAAAAGGCGUCUCGGCGGGUCCUGGCCGUGGUGCUGGAAGAUGUCAUGACUGCCCACAUGGGGUCCCUGGUGCCAGAGGAGGAGCCUUUGACGCCACGGCAGCGCAGCUGCCCGGCCCCUGGGUCACCACCCCAACAGGCCCACCCGACAUGGUCCUCACAGGCCAGGCCCGCUGACCCACUGCAUUUGUGCCGGAAGCCCUUGAGCCGUCACCACCAGGCCUCUUCCCCACUGAAGCGGCGAUCCAAGACCACCUUAGACCUGGAGGAGGGGUCUGCUCCCGAGGGGGCCCAGGCCCGCCAGCCCACAUUGGUGGUGAUGUUGGAGGACAUCGCUGGCCCCAGGGCCCGAGCUGAGGGUUUUGCCAGCGAAAGCCCCAGCUUCCUCAACCCAGAGAAAAGAGCUGAGCCUGUGACUGCGACAACAGCCACGACCACGGUUCCCAGGUUGAGGUCUCCGCCCAAGGACCUAGAACCCUCGCUGCAGCCCCCGCCGGCCCUGCCUGCCGAUCCCCCCAAGGACUCCCCACCGGCCCCAGAUCCUGCUCUGGAACCCCCAUCGGCCCCACCACCGUCCAGCCUCUUACGCCCCCGCCUCAGUCCCUGGGGCUUGGCCCCGCUCUUCCGUUCCGUCCGCUCCAAGCUGGAGAGCUUUGCUGACAUCUUCCUCACACCCAACAAAGCACCAAGGCCCCCGCCCUCCUCGCCCCCCAUGAAGCUGGAGCUGAAGCUCGCCAUCUCAGAGGCCGAGCCAGCUAGCGGCGCUGGACAGGGCCCCGUAGAGGCGGUCAGCCCCCGGCCUCCGAUCCGCCAAUGGCGGGCUCAGGCCCACACUCCCCCAGCGCCCCUCCCUAAGCUCUCACUGAGCCGGAGCCACUCCUGCCCUGAUCUGGGGCCCCCUGGCUCGCUGGGGACCUGUAUCCGGGCCCCUGCUCCAGCCCAGCCAAGCCGGCCACGGCCUCGGCGGCACACUGUGGGUGGUGGGGAGAUGGUCCGAGCGCACCCCCCACCCCCUCGGCCCUGUCUCCGGAAAGAGGUCUUCCCUCUCGCAGGAGGGGGCGCCUCCCCUUCUCUCACCACAUCUUGCGCGUCCACUGCAUCCACUUCCUUCUCCGAACCAGCAGAACCCAGACUGGGCUCAACCCAGGGGAAGGAGCCAAGGGCUUCCAAAGACAAGGUGCUUUCCAAGGCUGAGACCAAGACCAUGGGAAAGGUUUCCCGGUUCAGAAUUCGCAAGACACCAGCCAGGCCUCAGCUAAACCUGACACCCAUGGGGCUGCCUCGGCCAAUCAGGUUAAAUAAGAAAGAGUUCAGCUUGGAAGAAAUUUACACGAACAAGAAUUACCAAUCACCCACAAGCCGGAGGACUUUUGAGACCAUCUUUGAGGAACCCCGGGAGCGCAACGGAACGCUGAUCUUCACCAGCUCCAAGAAGCUCCGGCGGGCUGUCGAGUUCCGUGACAGCAGCCUUCCCCGAUCGCGGCGGCCCUCCCGGGGUGUGCGGGCCGCAGCAGGCAGGGCCCUCAAGGCCCACAGGGCAGCCGGCCAGGAUGUGGAACCCCUGUUGCAGCAGCGGCUGGAGGAGCUGGAUGCUCUGCUCCUGGAAGAGGAGGCGGAGGGGGAGCAGCCUUGCAGGACCUAGAGGCGCCAUAGUGCCAUCAUCUGUCUGUCCGUCCACCCGUCCGUCCUGGAGGGAGGGAGGAGCCUCUGAGACAUAUAUUUUUUCUCUAUAUUUCUAGUAAAGUUUUCCAUAUGUUUCUGA